CGCCAUCUGCCAUCACCAAUUCCACCGCCAUGGUCAGCACUAGCGGACUCAUCCUCACUGUUAUUGAAACGCCGCCUGUUCAUCUCGUCUCUGCAGCAAGAGCCCGACGUGGCCCAAUUUCUGUAGCGCCCUCGCAGCGCGCAAUCGCCCACGGUACCGGCUUUGGGCAGACGGCCGAUGGACUUCCUCGCCAGCUUCAAUUUCCGAGAUGAGGAGCCCAGCAGGCUCGACAGCAGGCCUUGUGCCUCUGUUGAGGAGCUGCAGUCACAACUGCGAGAUGUUUUCGGUGACAAAGUCAGCGAGACCCGGGCGGAGCGUGUUGCGACAAGGCUGGACCUUUCAGCAUCGGCCCAGCUGACGCUUGGAGUGUCGGAGGGAGACAAUCAUGCGCUGGAGGGGCUGAGCACGCUGGAUCCGUCGCUGGGAGGAGCCCAGUCGACGAGCGUGUCUACGGAUGCAGACAAAGGGCAGGCGACCCGUGUGGUGCGUGUGAGCGACGCUCUGCUGAACCAGCCGGCCGACGAUCCAGUGCUGCAGCGGUCCAUUGCCAACUGCCUCGUCGCUGUGGUUGGCCAGGUUGAUGGAAGCGAAUGGACGGUGCGGGAGGUGUCGCGAGCAACGCAGGACUGGACCUUUUCGUAUGUCUGCAAGGGCUCCAUGCAGCACUGGCAGCGACAGCACAAGAGCCAGGUCAAGCCGCUGGUUGCAGACUACUCACAGAGAGAGAUUGAUCCACUGUUAGCAAGCCGGCCUGCGUUUGACUGUCGAGGAUCACUCAUCAUCUCCUUUUCCCGAAGCAGUAGAACUAUAUCCAUUGACUAUGACCAUAUCCCUCUCCACCGCACAGUUGCUCAGCUAGCGAUCCUAUUCAAGCCUCCAUCUCCACGACGUCCUCUCCCCACCGCUGAUAAACAAUUCAAGACACCGAGGCAGCCAGGCUUAUCGAGGAAAAAAAGAGAUGCCGAAAAAACGCUGGGGGAUGAAGGCAGCAAGUCGAGGAAAAGAAAGAGGAAAACAGACGAUGUCGGGGCUCCAGAAGAGCAAAGCGCACUUGGUUCUCAGGAUACUGCCGCUGUUCAGGCAAAUCAGCUCCAAUCGGGAGAGGAGAGCAGCAGCUCAACUGGCCAACAGCAGCAUGCUCAGGAUGAGACAGCGGCUGCCCAAAACUCCGCUGCAGGGCUGCUCACCAUCAACGUUUCGCCCGAAGAGGCGGAGCGACGUCGAAACGUUGCCAUGGUUAUGCUUCAGGGUGCGGGUGUUGAGCCAGACUCUCUUUCGCCAGAGCAGUUUAACAUUUUUGCAAAUCAAUCUCCAGAGCUACAGAAGGAGUCACUCAACAUGCUCGUUAAGUAUGGCGCGGAGCGUCUCCGUAUUGUCCAUCCUGGCAAUAAAGAAGGCUCUACCCCGCCUUCAGCUUCAAAUCCGUCUUCUACCCCUGCGACUCAGAGUAACAUACAAGGAAGCUCAUCUGGCCCGGUCACUACUGAUGAACUGGUGCUACAAACGUCUACCCCCACAAAUAAGAAGAAGAGUCGGAGAAAGAGUCCAACGGUAAAUGAUGAUGGCGGAGAAGCAAAUGCAGAUUCAGACCUCGCCGGAAGCGUCAAGAAAUCGAGACGGAGGAGGGGGACGGGCAAAUCAAGAAAUGCCUGCGCUCAGUGUAAACAGCGCAGAGUCAAGUGUCCGAGAGAAACCCCAAUAUGUAGCGGGUGUCGGGAGGCGGGUUUGAUUUGUGAAUAUGCUGCCCCCAAGCCAAAGAAAGUGAAGUCCAGUGCCCUCAUCACAACAGAAGAUGAACAAGAUGAGCAAGAUGAGCAAGAUGAGCAAGAUGAACAAGAAGAGCAGGAUGAGAAUGAGCAGGACGAGAUAGGGGCCGAAUUACAUGAUGAAACACGUCUUGAAGACCAGCAGCUCCAAGAGGAUGCGGAAGGUUAUCCUGAGCUGCCCGAUGACUCUGUAGACGACCAUAUGCCGAUUGGAGAUGCACUAGCAAACAAUAUGGCCGUUACUGUUGAUGAUUGGGAACACCACCAUCCUCCGCAGAACUAUUUCCAACACACAAACAUGGGGGUCUCCGAAGCUGGCUCCUCUCAGCCUUCACACCAGAGCAGUGUGCCGCUGUCUGAUCUACUCCUGCCACAGGGACGCCACUACUACUCCAACAUCUUGGCAUCGGAGAUGCAGGACCAGACGCUGACGCAGCCAAUGGCUCAUGAACACAGAAAAAAGCCAACCAAAUUCUCAGCAAAAGGGUCGGGGCGCAACGUGGGGAUGAGGACCACUCAGCAGGAGGACAGCAUCAGCCCCUUGAAUUCCACGACAACUUCGGACUGGUCCAAUGGCAGUAACCCAGUUACUCAAGCAGCAGCAGUUGUAGCAGCAGUUGUGACAUCGAUGCAGAAUCAGAACUCCCAGGAGCCCGCCUACGGAAUAGCCGAUUCACCUGGCCGAAGCAGUGCCUGGCUUCUUACGGCGAUGUCCCCGACGUUGGAGGAUUCCCAUCAACAAAACGUGGCUGCGGCAUCACUUCAACGUUCUGGGGCUGUAUCGCCAAUGAAUGAUGUUUCACGAGCCGCAAGCAGCUCACGGACCGGUAAGCUCCAGAAACGAGGUGCGGUUCACGAAACAUCAACAGAUGCCUUUCAGAAUCCAAAUAUGUCAGAUCCGAAACGGCAGCGGCAACAGCCUAAUACCCAUGGGAAGGGGCUUGGCUCAGCGACAUAUAAUAGCUACGAUCGUUAUUCUAGCACCCGAGGGCCGGAUGUGUCAACUGACAGAAUCACGUACGAGCCAUACUCGUACCAGAGAGAUGCGGCCAGCACCACCUCGUACUCUGGCUAUGGCCACGAUUCGCAUGCGACAACGACGACUGCUGGUACCAUACAAAUAGCAACGAAAUUGUCUGCAGAUCGUGCGGGCUCACAGACGUAUGGCUCCUAUGGGAAUUCCGCCUCCCGAAACACCUCCCAUACCAACCAGACAACACACAUGGGGUCAAGGGGAAGCGCGCAAAUCCAAGAGUUUAGUAACAAUAACUCGGAUCCGAGGCGCAAUUCGCGGCUGACCUUUACCGUGGGAUCACAAAAUCCGACGCCCAGGCCAGGCCAGAAUGCGUUGAAGCCGGACCGAAACUAUUCCGCAUACCCAUCGCAAAUUCAACAGCAGCACCAGCAGCAACAGCAGCACCAGCAGCAACAGCACACACAACAAGCAACACAGCACCAGGCGUGGUAUGGCUUCAAUAACCAGUCGGGAGCUGGCUAUGCGGGUACCGCUGGGCACGGGUCAAACUACAGCUGGAACAUGCCGGGGGAUUCAUGAGAUGGAUCAGCGAUGGAGACCAAAACAUCGGCGUAGGAGGUGGGCUUUUUCUUUUCCUCUUUUCCUCCCGCUCAUUCUUGAUUCUCAUCUGUUCACUGUGAUUUAAGCGAGAGAACUGCAGAUGGCUUGGAGUAAGGGGGGUUUUAUCUGCGCCCUCAGAGGGGCAUCCCCAGUUCAUGGCGCGAAUGGAGUUUCUCUUUUCCCCUUGUUGCUUUGGCAUGGCUUAGCUUAAACGCUCUGUGUGAGCUUGAAUAAAUUGUUGGCCCUUUGGGGGGGUUUAUUCAGCUGUUUUUCAUCCCUUUAUUUCCCUUGUUGCUACGAACCGGGCUCUCCAACCUUACUAUAUGUACAUAUAUUUUCUCUAAGGAGAAGAAUCACCUCCGUCGGGUAGAGAUAUAGGAAUGGGAUGGCAAUGGAUGAGCGUAUGAAUGAGACAAAACAUGGUAUGAUGAUGC